UGCCGUACAACCGCCGCUAUGCGCAUGCUCCGUGUCUUCUCUUGGGCUCCUCGUGUGAUUCGGAACUUCAUGCCGGGUCCCAAGCGCGCGCGCCACCCCCGCAUCGGCACCCACGGGGGCACCUUUCACUGCGACGAGGCGCUCGCCUGCUUCCUCUUGAAGCUGCUUCCCUCUUAUCAGGAUGCAGAGAUUAUCCGGACUCGGGAUCCCCAGCUGCUGUCCUCAUGUGAUGUUGUGGUGGACGUUGGGGGUGAAUAUGACCCUCAGAAGCACCGCUACGACCAUCACCAGAGGUCAUUUAACGAGUCAAUGCACAGCCUAAAACCUGAUAAACCAUGGCAGACCAAGCUGAGCAGUGCAGGGCUGGUAUAUGUGCACUUUGGCUCCCAGAUUUUAGCCAACAAGUUGGGCCUAAAGGAGGAAGAUCCUGUUGUGUGUCUGCUUUAUGACAAGUUGUAUGAGAACUUUGUAGAGGAGAUAGAUGCAAUCGACAAUGGCAUCUCCCAGUGGGAUGAAGAGCCUCGCUACGCCAUGACCACCAACGUGAGCUCCAGGGUGGGCUACCUGAAUCCUCGCUGGAACGACAAGGAUCAAGACACUGAGGCUGGGUUCCAGAAGGCCAUGAUGCUGGUGGGCCAUGAAUUCUUAGACCGGCUUGACUACUAUCACCACAGUUGGCACCCUGCACGCAGCCUUGUGGAGGAUGCCAUCCAACAGCGCUUUGAGGUGGAUCCUAGUGGGGAAAUUCUGGUCCUGGCACAAGGAGGCUGUCCAUGGAAAGAGCAUCUUCUGCAGCUGGAACAAAUGAUAGAUGUGAAGAAGCCACUGAAAUUCGUCUUAUACACAGAUCUGAGUGGCCAGUGGCGGGUGCAAUGUGUUCCUGUAGGGAUGCGAACCUUUCAGAACCGGUUGUCAUUGCUGGAGGAAUGGAGGGGUUUACGUGAUGAAGAUCUCUCCCGAGUCAGCGGGAUCUCAGACUGCAUCUUUGUACAUUCCAGUGGCUUCAUUGGAGGAAACAGGACUAAGGAAGGUGCACUGGAAAUGGCUCGAAAGACAUUGGCUCAACAACCUGAACGCAACUGAGGGAAUCAGAUGCCACCUGUCAACCAUCCCCUUUGGCACAUCUCCCCCCCCCCCCCCCCCCACGCACAAAUGUUUUGUAUUCCUGGGAAGUGGCUUGUUUUGUAGGGUUGCUGUAAGCUUUUAAAACGAAAAUCUAACCAGCCAAUCAAAACCACUCAUUUUUUUGAGAUUUGAUUUAGCAAUUGUUGAAGAGAAAACGUUGCAUUGGAGGGAAAUCUUCAAGGUGUUCCAUUGAAAUCAUCUUCAGGAGUGGUCAAGAUAAGGGUUGGUUGAUUUCGUUGCAGGAGGACUUUGGAUUGGAGUUGGAAGAAAAACCCAUCCAAAGAAAAAUCUGACAUGAUUGAGAGUGAAGAGAGGUUGGCCAGGUGGCUUAUUCAAAUCACAUUGAAAAAGAUAUAUGAAGAAUGUGGACUAUGCCAGCUUCAUGUGUACGUUUUAUGAAUAAAAUAAGGUUCUGUC